ACUUACACAUACACAUGCAUGCGCGCGCACACACACACACACAUAUACACGUGCGGAAGCUGUGGUAAGUGCAUCCUCCUUCAGUCGCAGAUCUGAAAAUAGAUCAUUAUGGUGGCACCAAAGAGUCACACACAAGACUGGGCUCCUGGGCCUUUCUCCAGUAAGCCACAGAGGAGUCAGCUGCAAAUAUUCUCUUCUGUUCUAUGGACCUCUCUCCUCUUCCUGCUUAUGGGACUAAGAGCCUCUGGAAAGGACUCAGCCCCAACAAUAGUGUCAGGGAUCCUAGGGGGUUCUGUGACUCUCCCCCUAAACAUCUCAGUAGACACAGCGAUUGAGCAUGUCAUCUGGAUUGGUCCCAAAAAGGCUCUUGCUUUUGCACGUCCCAAAGAAAACGUAACCUUUAUGGCCAAAAGCUACCGGGGCCAACUAAACAUUGCCAGGGGGAGUUACUCCCUGUCCAUCAGCAAUCUGACUCUGAAUGAUGCAGGAUCCUACAAAGCCCAGAUAAACCAAAGGAAUUUUGAAGUCACUGAGGAGGAAUUCACCCUGUUAAUCUAUUAACAGCUGCAGGAGCCCGAAGUCACCAUGAAGUCUGUGAAGGCGUCUGAGAACUUCUCCUGUAACAUCACUCUAAUGUGCUCCGUGAAGGGAGCAGAGAAAAGUGUUCUGUACAGCUGGACCCCAAGGGACCCCCAUGCUUCUGAGUCCAAUGGAGGCUCCGUUCUUACCAUCUCCUGAAUGCCCUGUGAGCCAGACCUGCCAUACACCUGCAUAGCCCAGAACCUCGUCAGCCAGACCAGCUCCCACCCUGUCCAUGUUGGGCAGUUCUGUACAGAUUCAGGAGCCUCCAGAGGAGGAAAAACAGGGGAGACUGUGGUAGGGGUCCUGGGAGAGCCAGUCACCCUGCCACUGGCACUCCCAGCCUGCCGGCACACAGAGAAGGUUGUCUGGUUGUUUAACACAUCCGUCAUCAGCAAAGAGAGGGAUGAAGCAGCAACGGCAGAUCCACUCAUUAAAUCCAGGGAUCCUUACAAGAACACGGUGUGGGUCUCCAGUCAGGACUGCUCCCUGAAGAUCAGUCAGCUGAAGAUAGAGGACGCCGGCCCCUACCAUGCCUACGUGUGCUCAGAGGCCUCCAGAGUCACCAGCAUGACACAUGUCACCCUGCUCAUCUACCGGAGGCUGGUGAAGCCCAAAAUCACGUGGCACCUCCGGCACAGCAAGGAUGGCAUCUGCAGGGUCAGCCUGACCUGCUCUGUGAAGGAUGGGGGAAACGCUGUCAUGUACACAUGGACCCCACUGCAGAAGGGAGCUGUUGUGUCCCAAGGGGAAUCACACCUCAACGUCUCAUGGAGAAGUGGUGAAAAUCACCCCAACCUCACAUGCAUAGCCAGCAACCCUGUCAGCAACAGUUCCCACCAGUUUCUUUCUGAGAACAUCUGUUCAGGUGUUCCAGAACCCACAGCUGGCCACAUGCUAUACUCUGUGCUCUCUCAAAAGUGUGAGAAGCUGGACACUCCCCUCAGGCCUGCCAGGCAACGGCCUAGGCCCGCCUCAGACAGCAGCUCUGACAGCAACAUCACAACUGAGGAGGAUGCGGACAGGCCCGAGGUGCACAAGCCCAUCAAUGGAAGAGACGAGGUGUAUGACCAGGUCACUCAGGAGGGUGCUGGACAUGACCCAGCCCCUAAGGGCCAAGCAGACUAUGAUCCUGUCACUCCAUAUGUCACAGAAGUUGAGUCUGUGGUUGGAGAGAACACCAUGUAUGCACAAGUGUUCUUCAACUUACAGGGAAAGACCCCAGUUUCUCAGAUGGAAGAGAGCUCGGCCAAUUACUGCUCCAUACAGAAACCUCAGACGGUCGUGCCGCCACCACAACAGAAUGAUCUUGAGAUUCCUGAAAGUCCUACCUAUGAAAAUUUCACCUGAAAGGAAAAGCAGCUGCUGCCCGUCUCCCGGGACCGUGGGGUUGGAGAGUCAGCUGGACCUCAUGGGGCCUGGGGCUCACAGACAGAAGCACCUCAGUGCCUCAGAGAUGCCUGGGUGUGGCCCCUCCCCAUCCUUCUCACACUCAAGGCCUCCCAAGCCCAUUAAUAGUUCAGACACAGGCUCCUUCUUGGAGCCUAUGGGCUUCAGAUGUCUUUGCCCCAUUUGUCACCUCCCACACUCAUAGCGUUUCCUUCUCGAAAUUCUACCACAACUGGUCAAAUGUUGCUGAGGGACCUGGACCAGCUGACCUUUACACCACCUUCUCAACACUGCUGAAAUGAACCCAAGAGAAUUGUCACACAUGACACAAGAUGUACGUAAAAUCAUGCUCACUGCAGUGUUAUUUAAAAUAAAAGGCAGGGAAUAA